UCACGUGACCCACGGCUGUGCUUGUCACAUGACCGCUGGGCCGCACAAGAGAAGAUGGCUGCGUUUCUGCAGUGGAGACGGUUCGUGUUCUUCGAUAAGGAGACGGUGAAGGAUCCCGGUGAUGCCGGGAAAGGCUUUACCCUCCCUGCUGGGAUAUCGGCAUGCGACUCCGGUCGGGGGCACAUCGUACUGGGAGAUAUGGAGGGUCAGAUUUGGUUCCUGACGCGCUCCAUGCAGCCCACCCCCUUCCAGGCUUAUAAGCUGCGUGUCACCCACCUGUUCCAGCUCAAGCAGCACAGCAUACUGGUGUCAGUGGGGCAGGACGAACAGGGCAUCAACCCUCUGGUGAAGGUGUGGAAUCUAGACAAACGGGACAGCGGGAAUCCUCUCUGCACCCGGAUCUUCUCAGCCAUUCCCGGGAACAAGCCCACGGAGGUGUCCUGCCUGAGCGUGCACGAGAACCUCAACUUCAUGGCCAUUGGUUUUACCGAUGGCAGUGUGGUGCUGACUAAAGGAGACAUCACCAGAGACCGGCACAGCAAAACACUGACACUGCACGAGGGCACCUGCCCAAUCACGGGGCUCGCUUUCCGACAGUCUGGCAAAAUCACAAACCUGUUCAUAGCCACCCUGGAGAAAGUGCUGUGCUACACUCUCUCCCUGAAGGAGUACCCUCGCGUGGAGCUGGACACUCACGGCUGUGCCCUGCGCUGCACAGCCCUGACCGACCCCUCUCAGGACUCCCAGUUCAUCGUGGCCGGGGACGAGUGCGUCUACCUGUACCAGCCCGACGAGCGCGGACCCUGCUUUGGGUUCGAGGGGCAGAAACUGCUGGUGCACUGGUACCGCGGCUACCUGCUGCUGCUCACCCGCGACUGCAAGACACCCAACAAGUCUGAGUUUGGCAGCAGGGAGGCCUCUCCCUCUGAGAAGCAGCUCCUCACUGUCUACGACCUGGACAACAAGUUCAUCGCCUACAGCGCGGCCUUCGAUGACGUCAUCGACGUGCUGGCGGAGUGGGGCUCGCUGUACAUCCUGACGCGGGACCGCAGGCUGUGCGUACUGCAGGAGAAGGACACGCAGACCAAGCUGGAGAUGCUUUUUAAGAAGAACCUGUUUGUGAUGGCCAUUAACCUGGCAAAGAACCAGCACCUGGACAGUGACGGCCUGUCUGAGAUCUUCCGGCAGUAUGGAGACCACCUGUAUGUGAAGGGGGACCAUGAUGGAGCCAUACAGCAGUACAUCCGCACCAUCGGGAAGCUGGAGCCCUCCUAUGUGAUCCGGAAGUUCCUGGACGCGCAGCGGAUCCACAACCUCACUGCGUACCUGCAGGCUCUGCACAGGCAGUCCCUGGCCAACGCCGACCACACCACCCUGCUGCUGAACUGCUACACCAAGCUGAAGGACAGCUCCAAGCUGGAGGAGUUCAUCAUGACGAGUGAGAGCGAGGUGCACUUUGACGUGGAGAUUGCCAUCAAGGUGCUGCGGCAGGCGGGGUAUUACAGCCACGCCGUCUUCCUGGCAGAGAAACACACCCACCACGAGUGGUACCUGAAGAUCCAGCUGGAAGACCUCAAGAACUACCAGGAGGCGCUGCGCUACAUCGGGAGGCUGCCCUUCGAGCAGGCGGAGAGCAACAUGAAGCGCUACGGCAAGACGCUGAUGCACCACGUGCCAGAGGAGACCACGCGGCUGCUCAAGGGACUCUGCACGGACUACAGACCCAGCAGAGAGACCCCAGCAGACAGGGAGAGCCUGGGCCACACCCUGGGGAACAAGGCGAACUCGGAGGAGUUCAUCGCGAUCUUUGUGAACAAUCCCCGUGAGCUGCGUGCGUUCCUGGAGCACAUGAUGGACGUGGAGGCUCAGUCUCCCCAGGGCGUGUACGACACCCUGCUGGAGCUGAGGCUGCAGGACUGGGCCCACGAGCAGGACACACAGGAGAAGAAUUCUCUACAGGAGGCUGUCUUGUCCCUGCUCAAGAGUGAGAACUACAGCACAGUGUUUGACAAGGCGCUGGUGCUCUGCCAGAUGCACAACUUCAAAGAAGGGGUCCUGUACCUGUAUGAGCAAGGCCAGCUGUACCAGCAGAUCAUGCACUACCACAUGCAGAAUGAGGAGUACGGUAAGGUGGUGGAGGCGUGCCAGCGCUACGGGGAGAAGGAGGCCUGUCUGUGGGAGCAGGCGCUGGGGUACUUUGCCCGCAAAGAGGAGGACUGCAAGGAGUACAUCACCGCCGUGCUGCAGCACAUCGACCGCAACAACCUCAUGCCCCCCCUGCUGGUGGUGCAGACGCUGGCUCACAACUCGACGGCCACUCUGUCUGUGAUCAAGGACUACCUGAUCAACAAGCUGCAGCAGGAGAGCGAGCAGAUCUCGGAGGACGAGCGCAAGAUCCGGGAAUACCGCGUGGAGACGACCCAGCUCCGGCAGGAGAUCGAGGAGCUGCGCAGCAGUGCCAAGAUCUUCCAGAAGACCAAGUGCAGCAUGUGUAACAGCCCCCUGGAGCUGCCGUCCGUGCACUUCCUGUGCAGCCACUCGUUCCACCAGCACUGCUUCGAGAGCUACGCCGAGAGCGAGGCCGAGUGCCCCACCUGCGCCCCCGACAACCGCAAAGUGAUGGACAUGCUGCGGGCGCAGGACCAGAAACGAGACCUGCACGAGCACUUCCACCGACAGCUCAAGUGUUCGAAUGACGGGUUCUCGGUGGUGGCUGACUAUUUCGGCCGGGGGGUCUUUAACAAGCUGACCCUGAUCACGGACCCCCCAGGGGGGAAGGCGGGGGCUGCGAGUCUGGACUCCGACCUGCAGAGAGACCUGCUUAUCCACACCAAGAGGACCGUGUGAGAGAGUCUGGGGGGAGAACUCCUGGGGAAGACACCGAAAGAGAACUGCUGAAAAAAAAAUAACCUGCUUAACUCCUGGGGGGAGACAACACCCUGUAAAGAACGUGUUAGGGGUCUGCAAGCAGACAGACCUAUUGAGGACUGGAUCUGGAAGAAAACUACUUUUAAAUAGAUUUGUAUCCUCCUUCGAGGAGGGGCUAGCUUGCAAUACAGCCAGAUCUAUUCUCUCUCCUGCAUCAGCACAGUGUCCCCUGACAGUGAGCAUGCAUGUAAAUGAGGCAGCUGUGUGUAUCUUCUGUACAGGGACAUAGUGUGUAUGACAUAACACAACAAGCACUGCUGUCCUGAGCUGUAUUAAAAUGCAUUAGGUGUCUGAAUUCAAAUCACAGUGCAGGGAAGCACCGUGGUUCUCUUAAAUCUUGCAAGGAAUUUCUUCCAGGGUGCAUUUUGUCUCAUUCUCCAUAACAAUUUUCAAGCUAUUUAAAAAAAUGUGCAAUGUAAAUAUAAAAAGCAAAAAAUAAAUACAAACUGCUACAUUAUCAUCAAAGGACUAAGAUAAAGAAUUGGAAUCUAAUAAAGUCUUGGUAUCAUAUGUCAUAUAUCUGAAACAGUGUGUUAGGAGUGAAGUCUCUACUGUGUAGUAACAGGUUUGAGCCCGGGUUCAAAAACAAAAUUCAAAAUCAGUAAAGUAUUUGUUACUACAGCUAAGGCCAAAAGUGUUUGCAUCACCUAGAUUGUUAAGAUUGAGACAUAAUUAAAAAAAUAAAACUACACUACAAUAUUUAGAUAUUUUAUUUAACAUCAUGUAAUCAAAGAAACUACAAAAUGGUAUCGCAAAAAUCUACCAGAAGCCAUAACAGUAGUACAGGAUUUCAUGUUAGAUUUUGAAAUGUGACAUUUUUCAAUUGGUCUGUUUCGUUAAGUAUAUGGAAAACUACAAGCGGUUUGUAAUGCAAUAUGUUAAUGUCAUUCAGCAGGUUUCAUUUGACUUUAUGAAGCAAAAUGAGUUUGUUCUUUAGGGUGAUGUAACACUUUUGGCCAGAGCUGUAGAGUGUGUUUCAUGGGCAGAGCCACGGAAAUGAACCCAUCUGCUCAGGAAGGUCUUCUGACGUUCAGAGAAGGAAUCUUAAUUACACUCGUGUCACGAUUCGGAAAGCAAAGCCCUGGUUUAUAUAAAUUUUUUAACCACUCUGUACAAUUUUAAUAAUAUAUUGAUUUGAAAUGAAUGUUUGAAAAAGAAAGAGUUGAAUAGAAAUGCUCUAACACAACCAGAUUGUGUUGUUGCUUUUUAAUGCUAUUACUUUUCUUGAGGUAUGUGUACAUAUAUGUAUAAAUAUUUAGAUUUUUUUUUAAUAGCUGUUUAGAUGGAUUUGGUACUCAUUAAACUCUUUCAGAAUACAGUACUUGUAAAUAAUCCAACAGUGGUCCGGCACUAAUGAAUUUCAAACUUUAUAAACUUCAUUUAAUCAGUGAAAACAGACUUUUAAAACAUAGCUGGAUUUGUAAUGUGGACCUCUGUCCCUUAGCAAACUGGGCUUAGACCCCAUCACUUUGACACCACCUCAGAAAACAGAGGUACACUGGUGGGACACACCGCGUGAAAGGCUUAGUGUAUCAUUAUAUUUAUUACUUCAUUUGAAAAUCUGCAUGCCACAAUUAAAAUGCAUCUUAAAAUAUUUGUUUUUGCACCUAUGGUAU